AUGACGCCACUCUUCCGCUCCACAUCGCGCGCCAAGUUCGCUCCAGCGCCGCGCCGCCUCUUGUCGUCCGCAGUCGAACACGCCGCUCCACCCACUCGCCGACGUCUGCGCGAGUUACCGCCGCCGCUGAAUUUGACAGAUGCUGCGGCGUUGCGCAUCAAAGAGCUGCUGGCCAACAAACCGACCGCAAUUGGCAUUCGCCUGGGCGUCAAAACACGCGGAUGCAAUGGUUUGUCGUACACGAUGAACUACGCCGACACGAAGGAGAAGAUGGAGGAGGAAGUGAGCAAGAACGGUGUUCGUGUGUUUGUCGAGCCCAAGGCACUUUUCCACGUGGUUGGCACGACCAUGGACUUUCAGACAACUCCAGUCUCGUCUGAGUUUGUGUUUGAGAACCCGAAUGCAAAGGGCAGCUGCGGCUGUGGCGAGAGCUUCAACGUGUAG